GACUACGGUUCCUCUACUCACUCUGUGGCGUGCAGCAUCUAUGGCUAUGAAGUAAGUAUCACAAGGAUGAAAAUAUACCAUUCUGGCAAAUACAUGAUGCUAAAUAACGAAGCCGAACUCGAUCGUGUAGAUAUUGCCUACCAUGCCAUCCGACUGUCCACGGGAAAGAAGCAUUAUCAUACAUCCGUUCCAAACCCGACUUGAUACUGGACGUCGGAACAGGCACAGGGAUAUGGGCAAUACAUGUUGGGGAUGCUCAUAAAGAAGCAGAGGUCGUCGGAAUUAAUCUGAGUCCUACCCAAUCGACUCUCGUGCCAUCCAACAGGCGGUUCGAAAUUGCGGACGCUGAUGAGCAGUGGACAUUUCGCCCAGAGUCCUGUGACCUGAUUCAUACUUGA